ACUCUCCUCACCCGGUCCCCCGUCGUAACACAAGACAGCGUACAGGCCGCCCAAGUCCGACUUCUCGACAUCACAGUACACUUGCCUCUACGUCACAACGAACAGUAGCAGCUGCAAGACCGUCAUGGCGUACCGCACGACAACCGUCAGCCCCCUGCUCCCCUCGCGCCGUGUGCAGGGCGGGCUCCGCUUCGUGGCCAAGUGCUACAGCCCCGAGAAAGGCAACCCGGACGGAGUAACCGCCCUCUUCUUCCACUGCGCCGGCUCCCACAAGGAAGCGUGGGAGCCGACGAUCCAGUAUCUGUUCUUGCAGAAGGAUCCUGGCACGGGAAAACCCCUGCUCCGCGAGGCGUGGGCGUUUGAUAUGCAGAGCCACGGUGAGGCGUCGUCGCUGAACGCAGCCCAGCUCAAGAAGCUGUCAGUUGGUCUCCCCGUGGAUGAGUAUGCCGAUGGCCUGAAGGCUUUCGCUAUCACAGGCGCUCUGGCAGGUCAUAGACUCGUCGGAGUUGGCCAUUCUCUUGGGACAUCUGCAGUGAUCCUCUCGACCAUGGCGGAUGAGGUGCCGAGUGUGCGCUACGAGGCGAUCAUCCUCAUCGAGCCUGCGUUGAUCACGAGGGAGGUGUAUAACGCGAACCUGGAAGAACGCGAGGGCGCGCUGAAGGCGAUGAACAAGGCUAUCUCGAAGCGGCGCGAUACCUGGAACACCAAAGAGGAAGCGCGGGCGUACUUCGAGGAGCGCUUCCCUUGGAUGAUGUGGGACCUGCGCGUGCGGGACCUCUUCGUGCGCUAUGGUCUGCGGCAGGUGUCCAUCCCCGACGCCAGCGGGAAGCCUGUCGCAAAGGUCACGCUCGCGUGCAGCUCGGACCAUGAGCGCUGUGCAUACUCCCAGGACGAGGUGUACUACACUGUCGUCGACCGCAUCCAGUCGCUCGACCCUGCCGUCCCCAUCCACUACAUCCUCGGCGAACGGGCCGACCUCAUCCCGGAGUACAUCCCGCAGUCCGUGAUGGGCGUGCGCACGCCAGCUUCCGUGCAGAAGGUCCCGGAUGCCGGUCAUUUUGUGCUGCAGGAGAACCCCGAGGGGCUCGGACAAGCGAUUGCGCAGGUUAUCACUGGCUUGCCGGCGGUCCCCGUACGUGCACACUUGUAGGAUCGGCCCGAUCGAACGUAGUAUGAGUGCCUGUGGGUCCCCGUCGCAGCUGUGCUUGAUCGCCGGCGUCUACCUCAGGUAGGGUUCGUAGACGUGUAUUAUCUGUCGGCCAGGGGAAUGAGUAGGAUUAUUUAUGUCUGGAUGUACAGUGUACAGGGUAUGGUGAUCAUAAAGCGGUAGCGCCGUUAAAG